GUCUUUCAACAUCCUAUCAAAGCGUCGUGACGCUGUGGGCAUACGUACAGCACGCGCUGAGCACAACUGCUUGUGCAACUGUCCUGCACGUUGACAUUGAAACGCUCCGAGAGACCGCCGCGCUGCUGUCGUCUCUCACAGACAGGCUAACAUGGGAUCCUCCUGGUCCACAGCAGAGCCCUCUGUAGUCAAAGCUGAGGCUAUGAAGACCGUCUCUGCUCAGCGCUGCCCAGUGCAGGAGGAAGCUCAGCCUGUCAAAGCAUCUCCGCCUUCACAAUGUCCCAUGCAUCAAGCUCAGGCUGAAAAAGGUCCGGCCCACCAGGAUCAGGCGUACAACUUUGUGGAGUGUCCCAUGAGAGCUGCAGCAGUCACGAAGGGCGACAUCGAUCCAGCGAAUAUGAUGCCUCCUCCCAACCAAACGCCAGCUCCAGACCAGCCCUUUGAACUCUCUGUCAGAAGAGAGGAGUCCACUAUCCCACGUCACGACACAGAGAAGAACUGGGUGUACCCGUCGGAGCAGAUGUUCUGGAACGCCAUGCUGAGGAAGGGGUGGCGCUGGCGAGAUGAUGACCUCAGCAAAGGUGACAUGACCAACAUCAUUAAAAUCCACAAUCAGAACAAUGAGCAGGCCUGGCAAGAGAUCCUGAAGUGGGAGGCUCUGCAUGCUCGUGAAUGUCCAUGUGGACCAACUCUGAGGAGAUUCGGUGGGAAGGCUAAAGAGUACUCCCCCAGGGCCCGCCUCCGACACUGGAUGGGCUACGAGCUGCCAUUUGACCGUCACGACUGGAUCGUUGACCGCUGUGGGAAGGAGGUGCGCUACAUCAUUGACUAUUAUGAUGGAGAAAUCAACAAGGACACCUACCAGUUCUCCACCCUGGACGUGCGACCUGCUUUUGACUCUUUAGAAGCUGUGUGGGACCGUAUGAAGGUGGCCUGGUGGCGCUGGACUUCCUGAAGGACUCUGGCUCAUAUUUGAGUCGCAAAUUUUCAAAAACUGUUGUUACCCAUUUCUGCUCUUUGUAACUUGUGUGAUGCUGACAAAAGAAACGAAUCAGACCUCGUAAAAGAUGAUUGGAUGUAGAAGAGUUUGUCCAACAGGUCAUACAAGACCCUGUGUGUCUAUGAAAUCUAUUGACUUGCGCUUAAAUUUAACUGCUUGCUUGCUUACAGCUACCUGACUCUAGGUAAUUUGAACCUCAUCUAGCAACAGAAAGUUUAAAUGUUUAUUUUUCUCAGUUGGGACAUUGAGACAAGCUUUAAAACCUGCCAAUAUUCCUUUAUUGGCUAAUGGUCAUAAACCAGAAAUCUAGGAAAGUUCAUAUGUUGUGUUUUAAUAAAUCACCUUUUCUGUGUUUUGUUUGUAAA